UGUCGAGACGCGUCCUCGAACCACCACUACCACCACCCACCGCGUGAGGCGGCAUUCCGCAGGUUGUACCAUACAUGCUACCAUCAUGGACAAGUAUAUAACUGUUAGAAAACCAGCUCUUGUUUCACCACCCAAGAAAACCGUUCCGAGCCCCUAUCCUCGUCGCACCUUACUUGAGAAGGUUGACGAAGACAAGCAACGACUAGCACGGAUUUCUGCCCCUCUUUAUUCCGACGGGAAGAAACCAUCUAACUUGGAGGUAACUAAGCACCUCCUGCGCACUCUGGCGGAUGAGUCGAAUCCGAUCACUCACUCCAACAUAUACGAGCGAUCCGACACUGUGGUGUCCGCUACCAAUGGACAUCAACGCGGCGAGCGGAGGGGACACUGCGGUGCCAGGCAAUACUUCGACGAUCGAAACAGGAAACUAGCUGCUCAAAGCAAGGAAGAGCCUACCACUGGCGUCUUGCGGGGUGUUCGGGUGUAUAUUAGUGGUUACCUUAGCGGUACCACAGACAUCGAGAUGAAACACAUCGUCGCCCUCGCAGGGGGAACGACCUUACUGACACCGAACGGGGCGACACAUAUAUUGACGUCUCAACAGCUCAGUGGGUCAAAGACACACAAGCUUCUCACAUCUAAGCGCCGCAAUUUGGUGCACGUUGUUAAACCUGAGUGGGUGACAGAUAGCGUCAAGGCAGGAAAGAGAUUGCACGAAUCUCGCUACGCUGUCGUCCUCACUUCUAGCACUAGAAAUCUUGUUGACAUGAUGAAAGCUAGCAAGUCAAAUUAG